AAAGCAUCCUCUCCUGCCAUCUUGCAUUGGUGGUCAUCUGCCUUGUUGCCCUUCUAUUUGUCUACACCUUGAAUUCGAAGGGUGUUUCUUUUUGUUUGUUUAUCACCGGAAAGUAAAAUCACGGAGCAAAGAUUUCUGAGCUCAUUAUGAACGGCGAUACUUAUUCGUCCAGAGACUCUGGUCGGUCCAGGGACUACUACCGCGACGAGCGGCGAGAGCGCGGGGAUAGAGGAGAUAGAGGAGAUAGAGGAGGAGACAGAAGACAUACGUACUCGUCGAGCCGUGACUAUCGCGCCAGAGAACGAGAGGACCGCUACUCCAGCCGGAGGGAUGAUCGCGAAUGGGAUCGAGACCGCGGCGAACGUGGGGAUCGUGGCGACCGUGGCGACCGUGGCGAUCGCCGACGCAGAGAUUAUGAUGACCGGUCGUCUCGACGCGAUCGGGAACGAGGUGACUUGUUCGAGGAAAGACCUAGACGAGACGGUAGAGAUCGCGACCGCGAGCGUGAGCGCGGCGCCGGCGGCGGCAGCAGCGGCGGCGACAGGAGAGAGAGGCGGAGGAGUGCGUCGCCACCUCGGAAGAGGGAAGCGACGCCCGAUUUGACAGAAGUACUGUCGGUCUUGCAACGUAAACGUCGUCUAACGCAGUGGGAUAUCAAGCCUCCUGGUUACGAGAAUGUGACUGCGGAGCAGGCCAAGUUGUCAGGCAUGUUCCCUCUUCCCGGUGCCCCAAGACAGCAACCGAUGGAUCCUAGUCGUUUGCAGGCUUUCAUGAGCCAGCCCGGUGCUGGAACCGCAGAGAGCGCCUCCUUGAAACCAUCCAAUUCUCGCCAGGCCAAGCGUUUGUUCGUCUAUAAUCUCCCUCCGACUGCCACGGGAGAGAGCUUGCUGUCUUUCUUUAACGUUCAGCUCAACGGUCUUAAUGUUGUCCACAGCGUGGAUCCUUGUAUCUCUGCCCAAGUAUCCGAAGAUCAUUCUUUUGCGCUCCUUGAAUUUAAGACGCCCAACGACACUACCGUUGCGCUUGCUUUCGAUGGAAUCACAAUGGACGAACAUGAAGCUGCCGGAAAUGGAGCGGCGAACGGGGCGCCCACAGGGCUUGAAGUGCGACGACCCAAAGAUUAUAUCCUUCCCAGCGUCAGUGAGCAGGAAUACCAGGAGGGUGUGUUGCUGAACGAAGUUCCCGACUCGCCUAAUAAGAUUUGUGUGUCCAACAUUCCUCAUUAUAUUCCGGAGGAGCCUGUUACGAUGCUUCUAAAGUCAUUCGGGGAGCUGAAGUCUUUUGUUUUGGUUAAGGAUAGCUCUACAGAGGAGUCCCGGGGAAUCGCAUUCUGCGAGUAUGCUGAUCCGAACGCUACGAGCAUCGCCGUAGAGGGACUCAACGGCAUGGAGCUGGGUGACAGGCACCUCAAGGUUGCGCGCGCCAGUAUUGGAACGACGCAAGCCGCCGGACUUGAUAUGGGUGUUAAUGCCAUGUCCAUGUUUGCUAAGACCACAUCUCAGGAUCUGGAGACCAGCCGUGUGCUGCAGCUGCUGAACAUGGUGACGCCAGAGGAACUGAUGGACGGGGAUGAUUACGAAGAAAUUUGCGACGAUGUGCGCGACGAGUGUUCCAAGUAUGGCCAGGUGCUUGAAUUAAAGAUUCCCCGCCCUUCCGGCGGCAGCAGGCAGUCUCCCGGUGUUGGCAAGAUUUUUGUCAAGUUCGACUCGGUGGAAUCGACAACAAACGCGCUGAAGGCGCUUGCGGGCAGGAAAUUCUCUGAUAGGACCGUAGUGACGACCUACUUCUCCGAGGAGAACUUUGAUGUGAACGCUUGGUAGUGUAGAAUUGAGGGAUGGGAAUGAACAUUGUUGCAUUGUUCUAUUGCUUCUAUGUUAUCAUCUGAGAUGCUUAAUCGAUCAGAUACCCUGGUUUGACUGGACCUGGCGUAGGUUUGUCGGGCUGGGGGUUAUAUUUUACUGCGUGUGUAUCAUAGCGAGAAUAUGAAAUUGAAGUGUAUCACUUAAUGU